CUGGCCGUCACGUGAUGCAGGACAGCCCAAUCACGCUCACCCCCUUCUCGUUGGGCGCCCCAGCUCCGCCGCUUGGCCUUUCGGGAAGGGUGGAGGACCAGAAGACGGGGACAAGGAGCGCUCUGCUGACGUCAGCUUUUGUCUCCAGUAUUUUCUGGGGCUGGUGGACGCGUGGGCUAUAGGUUGCUGUCCUUUGGGUGCUGUGUAUAUGGGAUGAUGACGCUUAUCAGCAUUAUCUAGUCCUUUCCACCCCGAAAUUCGCCCCGAUUAAAGACUGUGUUGCAUUAUCAGCCUGCCGACCAUGCCCGCGGGCGUGCCCAUGUCCACCUACCUGAAAAUGUUCGCAGCCAGUCUCCUGGCCAUGUGCGCAGGGGCAGAAGUGGUGCACAGGUACUACCGACCGGACCUGACAAUACCUGAAAUUCCACCAAAGCGUGGAGAACUCAAAACGGAGCUUUUGGGACUGAAAGAAAGAGAACACAAACCUCAAGUUUCUCAACAGGAGGAACUUAAAUAACUAUGCCAAGAAUUCUGUGAAUAAUAUAAGUCUUAAAUAUGUAUUUCUUAAUUUAUUGCAUCAAGCUACUUGUCCUUAAGCACUUAGUCCAAUGCUAACUGCAAGAGGAGGUGCUCAGUGGACGUUUAGCCGAUACGUUGAAAUUUAAUUACGGUAUGAUUGAUAUUUCUUGAUAACUGCCAAAGCACAGAUCAUCAAACCAUUUCAUGAAUAUGGUUUGGAAGAUGUUUAGUCUUGAAUAUAAUGCGAAAUAGAAUAUUUGUAAGUCUA